ACGACAACGCUGCAGCGCACCACCGUUUUGCUCCAAAAUUCUGCUUUGCUUGCGUGCAUAUACGUACUCUCUGCACUACUUUCGAAAAUGGCGCCGCAGACAAGGGGUUCUUCGUUCCCGAAGGUCUUGAUCGAGAGGGACAACGACACCGAGAGUUCUACCGAGGAUGAGGAUAGUGAGGAAGUCGAGAGCGACGCCGGCGACGGAGAAGAGUCGCCCGUGGAGGACAAAGAGGAUGAGCCCUCGCCGUCUUCCAAAACUGGCAGAAAACCGAUUACCAUCAGCCUUAAGAAAGUUUGCAAAGUAUGCAAGAAGUCUGGCCAUGAAGCCGGAUUCAAGGGUGCCACCUACGUUGAUUGCCCGAUGAAACCCUGUUUCCUAUGCAAAACGCCUGGGCAUACCACAAUGAAUUGUCCGCACCGAGUGGCUUCCGAGCACGGGGUCGUCCCGGCGCCUUCCAAGAGCGCUCAUAGUGCAUUAGAGUAUGUUUUUGAACGCCAACUCAGGUGUCAUGUUCCUGCGGUCAGACCAGCAUUUGUUAUCCCAAAUGAAGUGAAUUGUGCAGUGAUUCGAUAUCACAGCCGGCGAGUUACAUGUUUGGAGUUCCACCCUACAAGGAAUAAUAUUUUAUUAUCGGGCGACAAGAAAGGGCAAUUGGGAGUGUGGGAUUAUGGGAAAGUGCACGAACGGACAGUUUAUAGCAACAUACAUAAUUGCAUACUGAACAACAUAAAGUUUAAUCCAUUGAAUGAUGCAACAGUUUAUGGUGCUUCAUCCGAUGGAACAAUCAGCUGCACUGACUUAGAGACUGGAAUUUCACAAACAUUGGCAAACCUUAAUCCUAAUGGGUGGCAGGGCCCAAACACUUGGAGGAUGCUCUAUGGUUUGGAAAUGAACUAUGAAAAAGGAAUUUUGCUUGCUGCAGAUAGUUUUGGACUUCUAUAUAUGAUGGACACUCGAUCCAACAAUUUAAUUGAAAAGCCUAUUCUGAUUCACAAGAAAGGGAGCAAAAUAACUGGUUUACACUGCCAUCCGCUUCAACCAGAUCUACUGCUGAGUUGUGGAAACGAUCAUUUUGCUCGUAUAUGGGACAUGCGCCAUCUGGAAACUGGUUCUUCUAUUUAUGAUCUCCCCCACAAGCGAGUUGUCAACUCAGCCUAUUUUUCUCCAAGGAGUGGUAGCAAAAUACUUACCACAUCACAGGACAACAGACUCCGUGUAUGGGAUUCUAUAUUUGGCAAUUUGGAAUGUCCAAGCCGGGAAAUUGUGCACAGCCAUGAUUUUAAUAGACAUUUGACACCCUUCCGAGCGGAAUGGGAUCCGAAGGACACCUCAGAGUCCCUCAUAGUUGUUGGGCGUUACAUAAGCGAAAACUACGAUGGGGUUGCCUUGCACCCUGUUGAUUUUAUAGACAUAAGGACAGGCCAGUUAGUUGCUGAGGUGAAGGAUCCAAACAUUACUACAAUCAGCCCUGUAAAUAAACUACAUCCACGGGAUGAUAUUUUGGCCUCUGGUAGUUCCAGAUCUAUCUUCAUCUGGAGGCCGGAAACAAUCCACUCCAAGCAUCAAGAGGAUGAAAGAAAGAUAAUUUUGUGUGAGAAAGGUGUAAAGGGACGCAAUUCAAAGUUUGACUAUGGAAGUGGUGAUGACUUCGACAAUGAUACAUAUGCCUCCAAGUCCAAGAGUUUAAAGACCAGGAAACUCACCUUAAAAUCUAAGGGACGUGUGUGUAAGCACAAAAACAGGUAAUGGAAGUUGUCAAAACACUCCUAAGCUCACUUGCUAUACUGAAAUGAUGUGAAGUUUACAUAUAUCAACUAAGGUUACUUUUUGUACCAUGGGCAUGACCUAAAACUUGGUGUGUAUGUGCCACAAUGUUUUUGACAUGCUAGCUCUAGGAAGUUGUAAUGUUUGGAAGUUAAUGUUUUGUCCAGUACCUAGAAACAUACCUCCUUUGCUUUGUAAUUGUAGUUUUGGUGUACCUGAUGGAAUUUUAUGUUUCUGA